UGUGAAUAGAGGAGUACUGUGGUGAUGUGUUACAAUGGAGAGGAUGUGGCCCUGGAUCUUUUCACUAAGUUGGCUGCUGACUGUGGACCUUAUGUGGAGCUCACCUGUCCCUCCAGAGUCCGGGCUUAGCUCAGAGGAUAUCCAGCAUGCAGAGGAAUACCUGAAGCAGUUCUAUCACUUCAGCGAGAGUCCUCGCAAGAAACGGCAUUCCGCAUCCAUGGAGGAGAAAAUUAAAGAAAUGCAGAGUUUUUUUGGACUGCCAAACACUGGCCAUUUGGACCCGCAGACUUUCGACAUUAUGAAACAGGCCAGAUGUGGAGUACCUGAUGUGGAGAACUACAGCCUCUACCCAGGAAAAUCCAAAUGGAAGAAUCACACCAUCACAUACCGGAUUGCGAAGUACACCACAGACCUCACCAAGCAGGAGGUGGAGAACUCUUUUCACUUGGCAUUUAAGUUGUGGAGUGAUGUAGUUCCAUUGAGGUUCGUGAGAGUGAACCACAGCAAAGCAGACAUUGUCAUCACCUUUACCAGAAAAGAACACGGGGACUUCUUUGCGUUUGAUGGGCCAAAGGGAGUGUUGGCUCAUGCCUUUGAGCCAGGAGAGGGAAUGGGAGGAGACAUGCAUUUUGACGAUGAUGAGCUUUGGACAGUGGGCAACAGGAAAUCAGUCGGCUACAACCUGUUCACUGUGGCUGCCCAUGAGCUUGGUCAUUCUUUGGGUCUGUCACAUUCCAAAGACCCAUCUGCUCUGAUGUUCCCUAAAUACACUUUCUUGAAUGCUGCCACAUAUAAACUUCCAGAAGAUGAUACUUUAGGAAUCCAGGCACUAUAUGGAAAGCGCAUCCAAAAUGUGCAAAAUAAUGACAAACCUCUGGUCUCCAAAAGGUGUGAUCCCAGUAUAUCCUUUGACGCUGUGGCAGUGAUUGGAGAUGAGAUACUUUUCUUUAAAAACAGUUACGUAUGGCUGAGGACAAUGUGGAGAUCGUAUUGGAACAGGCUGAGAGAGGGUCUUAUGAGUAAAUUUCUCCCAAGCAUCAGCUCCCCCGUGGAUGCAGCCUAUCAUCUUCCAGCAAAGGCUGUGACUUACAUCUUUACAGGUCCAAAAUACUGGGUCGUCCAAAAGUUAGGAGCAAAGAGUUAUUAUGGUUCCAUCUAUGAUUACGGCUUUCCAGCGAGAGUAAAGAGAAUCGAUGCUGCCGUCCACAUCAGCAAACAUGGCAAAACGUUCUUCUUCACAGGAGACAUGUAUUACAGAUAUGAUGAAUACAAAAGACGGAUGGAUCCUGGCUUUCCAAGAAAAAUCCACAUGGACUGGCCGGGCAUUACAGGGAGAAUAGACGCUGCUUUUGAACUGAGGGGUGGGUACAGGAUUGGAUUUCUAUGUUUAGGGAACUUUUUCAAAGCUCUUAAAACAUCUGCAGACAAAUGUGACUGUGUUUUUGCUCCACAGGUGCUGUGCACUUCUUCAUGGGAUCAAAGGCCUCCGUCUUCGAUUACAGACAGGGACGCCUCCUGUAUGUUAUGAAAUCUAACGAUUGGCUCGGCUGCUAACAACUAAAAAAAACACCGGUGAUCUGUGCAAACUCAGGAGUAAGGAGGUGAAACUGGAAAUAUCAGGAAUAACUGGGUAAAGAUUCCACAAUUCUUCAUCCAUUUAUGAGGAAGGAGCUGCAAUGUGAAGAACAAUUCCUGGAAUUUUCUUAUAUGAUUCAUUGUAGUGUCUUAAAGGAUCAGGCAUUAUUAUUCUGAUGUAAAAUGAUACACUAUAGUACAGUUCUUUUUAUUAGUGUAAUAUAGUAUUGUAGUCUUACAAAAUUCAAGCAAAUGUGAAAUAAUUAUGCAAUGUUUCUGUAAUUAUCUGCAUGUAUCAUUUUAAUAUUCAUUGUAGAAUCAAUCAAUUACCUCCAUAAAUGAUUAUUUAGAACUAUUAUUAGAAUUAUGAUUAUAAUUAUAUAUUUUUGCAUUUAAUUGCACAAAACGGAAAAGCAUGGUUAGUUUUUAUGUUGCUUUUUUUAUGUUUACAUACUUACUAAUGAGUGCAGAAUUUAGUAAAAGAUGUUUAGUGCAAUGAUUUAUUUUGACAUUAAGCUCUACUGAAUUCUUGCAUGUCCAAUGGAAACCACCAAUGAAACCACUUUUAUAUUGUUCAAUUGAGCUGACAAAAUCUUCUUCUUUUGAAGUUAAAAAAUAUAUAACAUUAAUUUGUUCUGUUUCGUUCCAUGUUAACAUUAAAUAUGCAACUGAUCUGUUGAGAUAGA